AGUUUAAUCAGCGCCAUGUAGUAAAGUAGGUUGAGCCAAGAAAAAGUAUAUAAGACCAGUAGUCUGGGAGAUUGUAUUAAGUACUAUAACUUAAAAGUGGAAGAAGUUUGAUGGUGAAUAGAAGGAUGUCUUAAACUGAAUACUGAUGACCAGAUGUAAAGAAAAAAUUUGUGAUUAUUACUUACCAGACUUGUCUACUGCGUCUAAGGUAUUACAAAAGUAUAAAGCAUGUAGCAUGUGGCUGUCACUCAUCCUUAGAAGUUGAUGAACUUUGCUGCAGUUUUUAACAAGGAUUUAACUAUUUGAUGUGUCAACUACAGAUAAUUCUGCAAUGAGGAUAUUACUGCAUGAUCAAUAUUCUAGAAAUAUAUACAAUAUCACAAUGUGGACGUUGUUAAUGAAGUACAGUUAUUGCCAUGAUAUUUCAAAACUGUGAAAGUCAGAAGGUUCUGCCUUAGAAUAUUUGGAAAUAAAUGUAAUAUUUAAGUCAGAAUACCUGAAAAUUUAUUGUUAUUCAAGUUGUAAUGAUGGUAUUUACAUAUUUAUUCAAAGUAAAAAUGCCUUUAUUUCCAUUACAUUAUAGACUAUGUCAAAAUAGUUAGACAUUCUCAGGUUUUCAAGAAAGUUGUAUAGUUUGUGCAUAUUAAAAUUACUUACAUUUAAAUGCUAGUAAAUUCUGUUCUUUCAUAAAAAAAACAUUAGUUAGGAUGAAGUUUACUAAUUUGGGUCUUUCCACUUUACAUAAAGUUUUUAGAGGAAAGCUUGUUGGACCAGUUCUUUCAUUAUUAAUUGUUAUUGUUACCACACAAAUUAUGUGGCAAUUUUAUAUUUUCUCAGUGGAAUGGCAUUUCUUUAAGAACCACUACCUUGCAUAUCAAUUCACUAACCAGGAGAAAAACAAUUCUCUGACAUGUCCUAUCCCAUUACCUGAUCCUUUUGAUGCAGCAGUUAUGACUUAUGCAGAAAAACUGAACCCCUUGUCUUGUAGACAAGUCCAACCAUACUUAACAUAUGUAGACUCUAAUGGAACUUUAAUGAUCAACAAUACUGCAGUUAAAGAGAAUAGGCUCGAUCUCAGCCACCUGCAAUGCUCUUUUCAAACCUUCCAAAGAAAAGAGAAGGAUGAUGACAAGCUUUCAUAUGAUAAUGAACAACCACUCUACUCUCAUGCAGAUCUUCCAAAAGGAAAGGAGUUUGUUAAUGUGACAUGCAUCUAUGAAGGAAACAUAAUAUACAGAGGUUACCAUACAUAUAUCAUCAGAAAGGCUCCUGCAAAACAUACCACGGGAAAACAUUUAAAGCCGAACGUGUUUAUAUUUGUCAUUGAGUCUCUAUCAAGACUGAAUGCCAUAAGACAUAUGCCAAAGACAUAUUCUUACUUAACAAGAACCCUUAGGUCUCAGGUUCUAAAGGGUCUAAACAAGGUGGCUGACAAUAGUUUUCCGAAUAUGAUUCCAUUUUUGACUGGACGUAGAGUUUACACUGAUCCCCCAGAGCUUCCAGGUGAUCAGAGCAUUGGUCCAUUUGAUGAUUGGCCAUUUGUUUGGAAGAACUUUUCCAAUGCUGGCUAUAUAACAGCUCUGCAUGAAGAUAGUCCUGAAUUUACACUUCUUAAUUACCUUUCUAAAGGCUGUCUUAAUCAACCUACUGAUUUCUACCUUCGACCUCUUUGGCUAGCUUUGCAAGGUUCUCCACUGUGGAAAGAAAGUAGUCAAUGGUGUUUUGGUAAUGUUCCAAAGUUAAAAUUAUUGUUAGACUGGAUAUUAGAAUUUUGUAAAAAGCACAAAAAAAUACCAUACUUUUUGUUUUCAUUUUUCAUUGAAGUUACUCAUAAUGAUUUUAAUAAUGCACAACUGUUAGAUGAUGAUGUCUCUCAGUUUUUGGAGAUGCUGAAUAGAAGUGGGCUUUUUAAGAACACCAUUGUCAUCUUAAUGGGUGAUCAUGGAAAUAGGUAUGGUAAUGUUCUUGAGACAGAAGUUGGAAGGAUUGAGGAACGAAUGCCAUUCUUCUCAAUACAUCUCCCUUUAACUCUUAAAAAACAAUACCCUCAUCUACAGAAAUAUCUAAAAAUGAACAGUGAGCGCCUUACAACUUGGAUAGACAUUCACUCGCUCUUAAUGGAUGUUGCUACAGAAACAUAUUUUGAAAGUGAACUACAGCACGUGUGGAAUACUCGAGGUUACAGUCCAUGGAGAAUGUUAAUACCAAAUAAUCGAACCUGUGAAGAAGCAGGAAUUCCUAAACAAUUUUGUAUCUGUCAACAAUUCUACACUGUAUCUGUUGAUGACCCCAUAAGUAAACAGGUAGCAGAUGCCUUUGUAAUAGAGUUGAACAGUAUGCUGGAACCAGUGUCUGUGUUGUGUGCUAAACUGUGGUUAAAUCGGAUCAUUCAGGCACAGGUAAUAAUUCCAGAUGAACAUGUUGCACAGAAAAAGGGCUAUAUCCAUGCUGUUAAGAUUCUUAUUGAAGUGGGACCAAGUAGAGCUUUGUUAGAAGCUAUUUUACAGCGAGAUGCUUGGUCAUCUGAAUAUUGUACGGUUGGUGAUAUUAGCCGCCUUAACAAAUACAAAGGUCAAUCAGAAUGUGUGGCUGACAAAAAACUGAGGAAGUUUUGUUAUUGCUUUUCUAGUAUAGUUUCAUAAUGUUAAUUUUUUUUAUUUUGCCUAGGUCAGCCAAGAAGAUUUCAGGUUGCUAAUCUAACCACUCACAACAUUUUGAUCAUGUAGUAUGACAUUGGAAAAUACACAUUAAGUGUCCAUUGUGGCUAAUUUUGUUGUAGAUUUAAAGAUGAAAAAAAAAGAAUAUAUACUCUUUAUUUUAGUUACUAACUUUAAUUAAA